AUGUCUGGCCCACUCAGGAAAUACAAAGAAUGGGACGAGGAGGAUAUGCAACAGGCACUCAAAUCCAUAAAAGAAGAAAGAAAAGCGAUCUAUAGCGUGGCAAAAGAAUACAAUUUGCCACAAAGCACGCUAGAUGACAGGUACCAUGAGAGGCACAGCGAAAAAGUUGGAAGACCGACGAAACUAACCCCCGAGGAUGAGGAGGCCCUGGUCAAGUACUCAAUGUACAUGGCCACAAAAGGGUUCCCUCUCACCUCGGGGGUGAUGAAAGCCCUCGCUAAAGAAGUAGAUGCUUUAAGCAGUAAAGAGAGAAACCAGAAACCUCGUUUCGGUGGCAAAAUGCCUGGGAAACGGUGGUUGAUGGGGUUCAGACGGCGGCACCCAGAAAUCUCCCUGAGAUCACCCGACAGCCUCGACCGGGCGAGAGCAGCCAUGAGUAACGCUAAGAUCGUUGGCGACCACUUCUUAAAAGUAGGGGAACUUUUGGAGGAGAACAACUUGCAAAACAGGCCCCAUCAGAUCUAUAAUGCCGAUGAGACGGGCAUGGCCCUGGACGCCAAGAAAUCAAGAGUUAUUGUGCCAACAGCGUCGAAGAGAGCGCCCUCCAUAAGAUCAGGAGGGCGUGACCACAUCUCAGUCAUGUCUUGCGUGAGCGCUGCAGGAGGGGUGGUUCCCCCAAUGAUCGUGUUCAACAAGGCCCUGCCGUCUGGUAAGUUUUCUGAUGGAGGACCCCCAGGUGCGCUGUACGCAUCGUCUGAGUCAGGCUACAUCAACAAAGAGUUGUUUGAGCAGUGGUACUUCAAGAUUUUCUUACCCCAUUGCCACAAGGAGAGGCCAGUUCUACUUGUGCUCGACCAACACGGUAGCCACCUCUCCCUGAAGGUGUUGAUGUCGGCCAUGGAGGAAAAGAUCGUAAUCUAUGGGCUCCCUCCCCAUACCUCUCACUUUACGCAGCCGCUAGAUGUGACCGUGUUCAGUGUGCUGAAGACAAAGUGGGCUACAACCCUAGAGGCACUACAGGCCGUCGACUCCAGGUUUCAGGCAAGAAAGACGACGUUUCCAAGGAUCUUUGCCUCAGUGCAAGACCAGGUAUUCAACGCGGACAAGAUCAAAGCGGGUUUCAAGAAAACGGGAAUAUUCCCGUUCAACGAGGACGCCAUUGACAGCGUAUGGACGCUAUGA